CCUAAAUACAAACGCUCCACAAUUCGAUCACGACGACAGCAACGUUAACCCAAAAAUAUACCCAAAAAAAUAUCACUGUGCCACAGCAUCCAUGGUCGGUCUUUACGAGGCCGGGCACGACCCUUUCGCGGCCUACAGCGGCUACGAAUACCCCAACUUCCCGGCACACCACGACCAUGACGAGCUCGAGCUGGACACGGGAGUCCACUUCGCCGCCUCAUCCUCCUCGCCCGAGGAUCAUGAUAUGCAGGUGACAUCGGCGACGGAGCCGCACUUUCCCGGCCUCGCACUGCAUAAGCCCCUUGUUGCACCCCCGUACCUCGCAACAUCCCAGCCGUUCCUCCCGAACCACCCACAUGCACAUGCAACCGACGACGACAAUGCCAACUUCCAGGUCGACUACACAAGCCUGCUUGGGCCUGGGCCUGGGCCAAACCACUCCAAUCAUGUCCAAAACCCGGCCAUGGUUGGCACCAGCACCAGCACUGGCAACGAACUUGAAGUCAACAUCAACGAACUUGAACCUCUCGGCGCAGGCGCAGACGCAAACAUCAUACGCGCCUUGCAGUCCUCCCUGCGACAAACGGCACGCGAACGCGACGAGGCGCGCAUGCAGCUGGCGACGGCGCAGAACGAGCUGUACGCGGCGCGGCAGGUGGGCAAGCGGCUGCGCGCCGAGCGCGACGAGUACCGCGCGCAGGCCGAGUUUCUGGGUCGGGAGCGCGUCAAGGCGCGCGAGACCGAGAAGCGCCUGCGCCGCGAGCGCGACGAGGCCCGGCUCAAGAGCGCCUUACAUGUAGCCGCCGCGGGCACCGCCACAACGACGGCGGCUAGUAGUCAUGCCUUGAAGGGCAAGGGCGGCAAGGGUAGCGGAAUGGGUGGUGGUGUGGCCAAGGGGUUGGGCGUCGUCCUGGGGCGCGCAGGGGGGGAGAGUCCGCCCUUGUGAGUAAUAGGUACUGCGAGAGAAUGAGCGGGUUGUGUAGGUUGGGUUGGAGGUUGAUAUUGUCUUUUUGGCGUUGAUUGGUGCAUCUCUACGUUUAAAGGCGGGUUUGUAUGGCGCAUGGACUGAUCUUGGGUGCUUACCUACCUUAUCUUGUACGAUCAAGGUGUAUUUGGUGCAUAAACAAUAUGGAGGACAUGUUGUAAGGUGAAAGGGGCAGCGCACACUGUCGAGAAGAGGACCAUACCGCACUACAAAACUGCAUUUUGGAAGGUGCUCCUCUUGAAGUUCAACAUGAUGGACCUAGGCUACUGACU